AUGUGUGAUAACAUAAAGGUAGCCGCACGGUUAAGAAGGCCCUUACUCCGUGAAUCUGAUAGUAUUCUUAUAGCUAAGGUCAAGUCAGAGAACACAAUAUCUAUUGGGCGUAAUGAAAAGGACGAAUGCAAGACCUUUCAGUUUGAUCACUGCUCAACAUAUUCAGACAAUGCUUUAGAAGAUCAAGAACAAUUAUAUGAAUUACUUGCCAGAGAUUAUCUCUUGCAUGCACUUGACGGCUAUAAUACAUGCAUUUUUGCAUAUGGCCAGACCGGAUCAGGCAAGUCACAUACAAUGACAGGUUCCACACAGUGUCCAGGAAUAGUACCGAGAAUCUGUCAAGAGCUAUUCGAAGUUCGUGACCUUUAUGAGUCUUCAGAUGAUCAGUUAAAUACUCAAUUCAAGAUUCGGUGCUCCUACUUUGAAAUCUAUAACGAAACCGUUCGAGAUCUGCUGGGUAGGGAAAAGUGCAGAAUAAGGGAAAGACCUGACAAGACGACUUACGUGGAAGGGCUGAAAGAGUUCGAGGUGUUCUGUGUCAGCGAUAUCCUAGAAUAUCUUAGUCAGGGAAAUGAAAGGAGAGUUGUCGGAGCAACACAAGUGAACGAACUGUCCAGUAGAAGUCAUGCAAUAUUCACUAUCGACAUAGAGCAGCAAGAGAUAACCCCUCUCGGCCACACUUUAGAGCGGAAGUCAAGCAUCAAGCUUAUUGAUUUAGCAGGUAGCGAAAGGGCUAGUGCAUCCAAAACCACGGGUGAACACUUGAAAGAAGGUGCCAAUAUCAACAGGUCACUGAGCACAUUAGGGAGAGUGAUUUCAACACUCGCCAAAACGAAGAAACCAAUUUUGAUACCAUACCGAGAUGCUGCUUUGACUUGGGUUCUAAAGGAAAGUUUAGGAGGUAAUAGUAAGACCUGUAUGAUCGCAUGCGUCUCGCCAUGCGACUACGAAGAAACUAUGUCAACGCUACGAUAUGCUACGCUUGCGCGAAAUGUAAAAACGUCAGCUCAAGUCAAUGCCCAUGAAUUGCCAGAUGGGAGAGAACAGAUACUGGCCAUGAAGGCGCAGCUUGAGGAGUUGCAAAAGGCACUCUCGCAAGUUGACAACCAGCGUGCAAUUGGCGAGCGAAUGGAGAAAAUCAAACUCACGAAUCAAUUUCUUGAGUCGCGUAUUGAGCAAGAACGAGACUUAACGGCCAGCUACUAUAAAAAAUGGGCUCAGGCAACCUCUGAGCGAGAUAGCUUAAUGCUAUUGGUAGGGGGAAUUUUGGGUAGCGUUCAAGAAACUCAGGUUAAUGCGCUACGCGGGCAACUUUCAAGUUUGAAGUUCAGAUCCGAAAAAUUUGGACAAAGGCUUGAUUUAGAAUGUAAUGAGCUAAAAUAUGAUUCCGGUGAGUAG